AUGCUCCCCUCCGUCCUUCCCGCGCGCGCACCGCGCACCCUCCUCCACCGUGCUGGUCUUCGCAGGGCUUUCGCGACUGGCGCGCCGUCAUGCGCCGACAAGCCGGUCAUGAACCGCUACAGCCGCACGGUCACGAAGCCCAAGGAUCAAGGCGCGAGCCAAGCGAUGCUCUACGACACCGAAGGCGUCAAGACCGACGACGAUUUCAACAAGCGAUGGUAUGAAGGCAACCCAUGCAACAAGCACCUCUUUGGACUCGGCCAGCACGUCAAGCAGUCGCUUGUGGACGCAGGGAUCAUUGGCUAUCAGUUUGGUACCGUUGGUGUGAGCGAUGGAAUCAGCAUGGGCACGGACGGCAUGCGGUACUCCCUCCAGUCGCGCGACCUCAUCGCCGAUGCGGUCGAGACCGCCGCUGGUGGCCAUUGGCUUGACGGUAUGGUGGUACUACCCGGAUGCGACAAGAACAUGCCUGGUGUCCUUAUGGCUCUGGGCAGGCUGAACAGACCAGGCAUCAUGGUUUACGGCGGCACAAUCCGCCCAGGGUCGUGUGAGUACGCGCCUCAGCUCGAUAUUGUCUCCGCGUUCCAGGCGUACGGCAAGUACCUCGAAGCUGGCAAGACCGAGGCCGCGGAAAAGGAGCGGCACGCAACCAUCCGCAAUGCAUGUGCUGGCUCGGGUGCCUGUGGAGGCAUGUAUACCGCGAACACCAUGGCCAGUGCGGCCGAGGCGAUGGGUAUGACGCUGCCCGGCUCCUCCUCGUAUCCUGCGGAAUACCCUGAAAAGGUGGCGGAAUGCAAGUCUGUUGGCGAGGCCAUGCGCAAUCUUCUGGAGAAGAAUAUCCUGCCCAAGGACAUCAUGACACGCUCUGCGUUCGAGAACGCCAUGGUUCUCACCGUGAUCUUGGGUGGUUCAACAAACGCCGUGCUCCACUUGACUGCUGUCGCGCACUCGGUGGGCAUCAACUUGACGUUGGAGGACUACCAAGCCGUGUCGGAUCGCGUACCUUUCAUUGCCGACCUCAAGCCCAGUGGCAAGUACGUGAUGGAGCACGUGUACAAGAUCGGCGGUAUCCCCAAUUCUUGCAUACCUACUCAAAAACAGCUGGUCGACGGAGACAUCAUGACCGUGACAGGCCGCACACUGGGCGAGAACCUCGAUCGUUGGACACAUGAGCAUGGCGAGCUGGAUUUCAGCAGCCAGGAUGUGAUCAGACCUCUGGAGAACCCGAUCAAGGAAACAGGACACCUGCGUAUUCUGCGUGGUAACCUCGCUCCUGGCGGAGCCGUCGCUAAGAUCACCGGCAAGGAAGGUCUUCACUUCAGUGGGAAGGCGCGUACAUUCGACUCGGAAGACGAGUUCGUGGAAGCUGUUGAAGGCGGCACGUUCAAGAAGGGCGAGAAGGUUGUCGUGGUCCUCCGCUACCUCGGCCCCCAGGGUGGCCCAGGCAUGCCCGAGAUGCUAAAGCCCACCAGCCUGAUCAUGGGCGCCGGGCUCGGAAAUGACGUCGCAUGUCUUACCGACGGACGCUUCAGCGGCGGCUCGCACGGAUUCUGCAUCGGUCACGUCGUGCCUGAGGCGCAGGUCGGCGGCCCGAUCGCGCUCGUGCGCGACGGGGACGUCAUCUCCGUCGACGCCGUGAAGAACACGAUCGAGCUCGAGGUCGCACCUGAAGAGCUCGCCCGCCGUCGUGCGGCGUGGACCGCACCCCCGCUCAAGGUCUCCCAGGGCACGCUGUACAAGUACACGAAGCUCGUCUCGGACGCCAGCCGCGGCUGCAUCACCGACGCCUGA